CUAGCGCAGCAUGGGCAACAGCUCGAGCGUUCUCGACAGCGUCACGUCCUUCGAGGACAUCAACGACAUCCAGAAGGCGCUCCAGGCAUCGCCCGAUCCGACAGAUGUCGACGUGAUCAAGGCGUUUCACGCAUGCUGCUACGUGUCAACGACGUGCCAGCGCCUGCAAUGCAUUCUCGAAAUGUUCCUCAAGCACGGCGUCGAUGUGAACGCAACGGACCCAACGACGCAAUGGACCAUUCUGCACCACGUGUUUGCGUCCCAGAAGACGUUUGUGUUGCCGUACCUCCUCGCAGCUGGCGCGAAGCACUCUCGGGAUGUGAAUGGUCUUUCCCCCUCCGACUACUUGCCGAAGAGUAAGCGCGAUCAUUUUGUGCGAAUCUACAUGCAACAAUGCGAUGAUGUUGUUGUUCCUACUGCUAUGACACCUGCUGGCGAAUCAUGCGAGGUUCAAAUGGUUCACGACUGGAAGCGCGACACGCAUGAGCUCGGUGAGCUGUUGCAUGUAAAAUGCAAGGGCACUGCGGGCUACGUCCAGCUCAUCUAUCACGAGAACGACUCCAUCGAUUCGCUGCAGGAGGAAGCCGUAUUCGAUCAAUUCAUCAAUGUGGAAGGCGGCGAGCGAACCUUAUCUUUCAGCACAUCUCACUUGCCCGAGAUGGCUGUCGUCCACGUUUUGUACGUGGCGUGCGACAAGCAAAUGAUGCACAGGAGAAUCCAAGCAACCGAUGGACCCCUGCGAAUGCAAGCCAACGUCGAGAAGUACGUCUUCACAGUCAAUGGGGAAGCGUUCCAUCAUGGAAAUCCUAUCUUGGACGGCAUGGUGUUCCCCACCAUGCGCGAAUUCCAGCAGUUUAUGAAGAUGCUCAAGAGUGACAAGUUACAAAGCGUCGCGUACGUCGAUGACAGCAUCAAUAACCAGCUCGACGACACCACAAACGACACGACACCAUCGCAACAUCCAGGCUCACCCGAGAAGCGGCACCCCAAUGGAGGGAAGGCGAGCCUUGAGCCCACCGAGCUGCAACUGGAGUCCAACCAGCAGGAAGUCGAAUCUCCAACCUGCUCGUCCUUGGUUGCACCUUGACAAACUUCACAAACGUUCUGGUCUCGUUUAAGUACGAUUUGAGGUAUUAGUAUGUACUAUUCGCAACAUCAUACUAGUAUUAAAGGAACAAAAUACUUACAACUCUGGAUAGCG